AAUCUAAUUCACUUAAUCAAGUUUGUUGGAAAUGUGCCAUUCAAUUGUGUGGUCUAGAGUCAAUGGCUUGAAUCAGCUAGUGGAAGAUAUUAUCUCAUCUUUAGUAAUCUGACACUGAGGCACAUGAGUGGCAUGUGCAUGCCAAGAGAGGCUGUGAAACAUUCAUGAGCAGAAAGGCCUGGAGCACAGUGCACACUGAGCUGCCAUAACAGGUGCACACAGAGCUAUGGGGACAGUUGAGGAAACCUUCAAGUGUCCCGUCUGCCAGGACUUCUUCACAGAUCCUGUGACACUGCCAUGCGGACAUGACUUCUGUCUCACCUGUAUCCAGGCUGUGUGGGAAACAGAGGGAUCUGAUGAGGGUCCUUUCUUCUGUCCAGAAUGUCAGAUAUUCCUCCCCUCUGACCUCACACUGGAGGUAAACACCAGCCUUCAGAAUAAAGUAAAGGACUUCACCACUAACAGCCCGUCAACAGCAGAGCUACGGACAACGCCACCAAGCAGGGCAACCGUAUCAUCUUCAGCUAUCCACUGUGACCACUGCAUAGAGACACCAUCGGUGGCCAUAAGGACCUGUCUGACCUGUGAUGCCUCACUGUGCCAGGCUCACGCCCUGCUGCACCAGCAGAGGUCUGCUCUGAGGGAGCACACAGUUGUGGAGGUGACGGGGGAUCCUCUGUCUCUGAAGUGCAGGGAGCACCGUGAGGAGCUCAAGCUCUUCUGUAUGGAGGAGAGGGUCCCUGUGUGCUGUCUGUGUGUCCUGGUCGGCAUGCACAAAAACCACAAAGCGUUUCAACUCCAUGAAGCCUGCACAGACUUCAAGGUGAAUAUAAUUUUGGUUUUAUUUUCCUGAAAAUAUCAUGAAUAUUUUUUUAUUUCUCUGUCAGGGUGUUUAUGUUCUAUAGGCCUGUUGUAUUUCUGUCUUUAGAGCAUGUUAGAGACCACCAUGAACAAACUGCUGAAGAGGAGAAGUGAAGCAGAACAUGCCAU